CACUCUUGCGGCCGGACUGUGGCGCUGCAAUCCAGUCUUGCUACUCGGUCCACGGGACUUCGCGGGACGCGCAGGGACGUUUGUACUGCCUCUAGGAACACCAGUCUACCUGGUUCCGCCCGUACCCCACUUUGAGGCCUCGGUCAUGUUCAGGGCCCAGCUGAGGCGAGCUCUUCAGCGAGUGCCUGGGAAGCAGCGAUUCGGCAUCUACAGAUUCCUGCCCUUCUUUUUUGUCCUGGGAGGAACGAUGGAGUGGAUCAUGAUUAAAGUGCGCGUGGGCCAGGAGACCUUCUAUGAUGUCUACCGUAGAAAAGCUUCAGAAAGACAGUAUCAGAGAAGGCUGGAAGAUAUAUCAGAAACCAAUCUUCAUAAGCUAAUAAAGUGAACUUUCAGUGUU